GCGGACGUCGGCAACGUCAAAAAACUAGUUGAAGAGUCUUUUCAGACCGGAGUAGUCGGUUUGAGAAACAGCUAUUAAGUCAUAACUAAAUUAAUGAAUUUCCUAACGGACAUUUAUUCGCAUCGCCAAGUAAUUUAUUAAUCGACAUACUAAAGUUGUAAUCUUACCCGAGGGGUUUAACGGUGUAAAUGGAGGAGAAGAAGAAAGACGGAGACCCGGAGAUUCAGGAACACGGACCCGAACAUUGGUUCUCAAAAUGGGAGCGGCAGUGUUUGGCCGAAGCGGAGCAAAGAGAUUCAAACGAGGAGGAGGCCGAUAACGACCAGGAUAAAUUAUGGCAUCUCUUCCAGAAUUCCGCCACUGCCGUGGCUCAGCUCUACAAAGACCGAGUAUGUCACCAACAGGGGGGGCUUUCUUUGUGGGUGCCGUUUCAGAACGCAGCCACAGCCGUGACCAACCUGUACAAAGAGUCUGUGGAGGCCCACCAGCGUAGCUACGACCUAGGUAUACAGAUCGGCCACCAGCGUCGCAACAAGGAUGUGCUGGCCUGGGUGAAGAAAAGGAGGAGAACCAUCCGGCGAGAGGACCUCAUCAGCUUCCUGUGUGGCCGGGCCCCACCCCCCCGGACCUCCAGAGCCACCCUCACCCCGGGACACAGACUGACCAUGGUCUCCCCUAACCGGCCUCCCCCGGCCCCUGAGACAGACUCCUCUGUGGAGGCUGACCUCCAGCCCUUCAGAGAGGCCAUCGCACUGCAUGGUCUAAGUGGGGCUAUGGCCAGCAUCAGUGUUCGUUCCGGUACCCCAGGCUCUCCCACCCACGUGGGGGGUGCUGCUGGCGGUGGGGGUGGGUCGACCCCGGUGGGGCGUCGGCGUAACGGUCUCCAUGACGUGGACCUGAACACUUUCAUCUCCGAGGAGAUGGCCCUGCACCUGGACGCUAACCCCAGGAAACGCAGCUCCGCCCAGUGCAAUGACGUCAUAACAGACUCCCCCACCCAUAAACGCAACCGGAUGAUCUGAUUGGGCAGCCCAGCCCCCGGGAGGGUUAAGAGACCUUUGUGGGAGGGGGUGGGGGUUGAGAUCUUGAAAACAGACAGACUGAAGGAUGUAUGGCUGUGGAGUGAACCGGCGUUGAGGACUAAGGAGGCCGUCCAUUUAGUUGAGUGGGUGGUGUCCUCCUGUCCUUGUCUCCUUUCCUAGUUGAGAGCACUGGUCUAAACUGAAAGCAUGCUUGUUGGAAACCUGUCAUCCAUCCUUCCUAACCCCGUUAGGCUGCAUCUACACAGGUAGCCCAAUUCAGAUUUUUUUUCCACUAAUUGGGCCUUUUUGACCAAUCAGAUCAGUUCUUUUCCCAGUAAAUGGGCAACAGGACAGAAUUGUGCUGUCUUUGUAAACGCAGCCUCAGUGAUCAGUGACCGUGAGGAACGGAAGCGAGGACAGAAGGGCAUCGAGGAGGUUGGGAUGGAGCCCCCGUUCAGAGGAGAAAUGCACUGUGCUGAUUUAAAAUAAAGAAGCCACUUGAUCCUCUACACUUGUCGCUCCCCCCUCUCUCUCUCUCUCUCUCUCCUCCCCCCAUCCUCACCCCUCCUCCCUUCCUAAGGAACCGAGGGCUGGGGAAAACGUGUUACUCAGUGAACUAGAUAAGGAUUGAUGCCAGAAGUGGUUCUGUUGGAGAGAUGCCUUCUUUGCUAGAACUUAUUGCUUUGUGUUAGUCAUCCUGCUCAGUGGACAUUGAUGCUGUCUGUGAUGAUGAAGAGGAGGACUUCCCUCACUUGACAUUUCCUGACUGUGUCCCAAAUGGCACCCUAGUCUCUACACAGCACCCUAGCCCCUACACCCUAGUCCCUACACAGCACCCUAGUCCCUACAUCAUAGCCCCUGCACCCUAGUCCCUACACAGCACCCUAGUCCCUACACAGCACCCUAGUCCCUACAUCAUAGCCCCUACAUCCUAGUCCCUACACAGCACCCUAGUCCCUACACCCUAGUCCCUACACCCUAGUCCCUACACAGCACCCUAGUCCCUACAUCAUAGCCCCUACAUCCUAGUCUCUACACAGCACCCUAGUCCCUACAUCAUAGCCCCUACACCCUAGUCCCUACACAGCACCCUAGUCCCUACAUCAUAGCCCCUACAUCCUAGUCUCUACACAGCACCCUAGUCCCUACAUCAUAGCCCCUACACCCUAGUCCCUACACAGCACCCUAGUCCCUACAUCAGCCCCUACAUCCUAGUCUCUACACAGCACCAUAGCCCCUACAUCAUAGCCCCUACAUCCUAGUCUCUGCACAGCACCUUAGUCCCUACACACCUCCCUAGUCCCUACACAGCACCAUAGUCCCUACAUCCUAGUCUCUACACAGCACCCUAGUCCCUACACACCACCCUAGUCCCUACACACCACCCUACUAUAUUACAGCAUAGGGCCCUUUUUGAAAAGUGUUGCACUAUACAGGGUGUUGUUUGGGAGCAGCCCUGCUGUCUCCUGUGUCUAGUUGUGAUGGCUGAGGGGGCUGUGGCGUCUCAGGGCUGAUUCUCCCAAUAGCAGGCUGUUGAUAUUUGAUUGUAUCGGCUUCCUUUCUGUCUUUGACAACUGUGCUUCAGCAGUCCAUGUUAGUGCAACCAACCCGCAAGGGUCAGCGUCCCAAAAUCACACCCUAUCUAUUCCCUAAUAUAUAUAUAAAGUGAACUACUGUUGCCUACAGGUCUCACUGGUCGAAGUAGUCCACUAUGUAGGGACAUAAGGAUGCUGUUUGCUCCACGAACCCCAGUGUUCAGGUUCGUAUACCUCCCCAGCAGUUGGUUCAUUUAUACACCGCCUGGCUUCUUCUGUUGAGGUGUAUAUUUCAAAGUUCAGGAAUUAUCCGUGUUACUUAAUGCUGGGAUGAUAUCUGACCUGUCGCCAGACUAACCCUCCAGUCAGGUGAUGUCGUGUGUGGGGGGGGGACCCUAAUAGGAAGGUAAACUAUGAUCACCGUUCACAGUGAGUAAAUGUGAUGCUCCCUUAAACUUUCAAUACAUUUUUUUUUUUUAUGUAAAAGAUGGGACGGGGUAAACGCUCCUGCAAAAUAACCUGUGUUUCUACUCCACUACACCUCUGUCCCCUUCUGAGUAUGUUGAUGUUUUCGGACUAUUCUGUUCAGUGUGGUUGUGUGUUCACCAUAUUACCUGAGUUGGAAUAAUGAUAUAUAUAUAUCUUUUUUGCACUUAAGCCUCUUUCACAUCUAAACUCAUGUUGAUCUUCCCACCGGAACCAACCAGGCAGUUCAUCCUCCACCUAAAGGUCUUCAAUCAGACACCACCACCUUCACCUCCCUCUGGAACUGGGGGGGGGGGGUUCACCUGCCACCAAACAGAAACAAACUGAAAUGUUUUGCUACUCUGUGCCGUAAUGAACAUGCCCCCAAACCAGAAGAGAAAGACUGAAAUGUUUUGCUACUCUGUGCCGUAAUGAACAUGCCCCAAACCAGAAGAGAAAGACUGAAAUGUUUUUGCUACGUUGUGCUGUAAUGAACAUGCCCCAAAACCAGAAGAGAAAGUCCUGUUUUUUUGUUUUUUUUUUCGUUGCAAAAUGUUUUGCUAUGCUGUGCCAUACUGAACACCACCCAGAGUAAGAGAUGUGGGAGGAGCUAAAGUGGAGGCCCCAGAAACAAACUGACAGAAUAGUUCUUUUCGUGAGCGAGGAGGGGGGGGGGGGGGGGGUCUAACAUCCCAAUGUCCACACUACUGUUUAGUAUGCCGUAUGAAUGGCCGAUCCAGUGCAUCGCUCCAUACUAAGUGAUAUUGUGACGUAGUCUGUCUUCUAAUGGGUGUUCAUUAUUGACUUGUGUUGAUGUGAAAAGAUGCAGUUGCCUGACUAUUAAAGCUGAAAGGGAUAGUUUACCUGAAUUAUUAGAAAA